CGUCGCACCGCCCCCUCCUCUCCCGGCCCGGGCGGGCGCUCGCCCCCGGCCGGGCCCGUGGACAGGGCGGCGGGGGAUGCACCCGCCGCCGCCCCCGGCCCGGCCGCCUCCGGGCCCCACGCCCGCCGGCUGCUGCCCGCCCCGUCCGCGGCCCCGGCCCCGGCCCCCACGCGAGGGUCUGCGGCCGCGCGGGACCCUCUCCCCUCCAGCUUCUUCUGCCCACGGGAGCCGAGCCCUGCAGGUCGGCACAGGAGCACGGUCACCGAGCCAUGCCGGGCCCCGGGUGGCCUACGGCGAGCCCAACCCCGGCACCCACAUAGUCAUGAACAGCCACAGCCACAAUGGCUGUGGGGGGCGGCCGCUGGGCAGCGGGCUGGGUGCCCUGGGCAGAGACCCUUCGGAGCCCGAGGCCGGCCACCCCCCCCAGCCCCCACAUGGCCCAGGCCUCCAGGUGGUGGUGGCCAAGAGCGAGCCAGCCCGGCCCUCACCCGGCAGUCCCCGGGGGCAGCCCCAGGACCAAGAAGAGGAGGAAGACGAUGAAGAGGACGAGGCAGGCAGGAGGAGGGACUUGGGGAAGACCCCAAACGUGGGCCACCGCCUGGGCCACCGGCGGGCGCUCUUCGAGAAGCGGAAGCGCCUCAGUGACUACGCCCUCAUCUUCGCCAUGUUUGGCAUUGUCGUCAUGGUGACCGAGACGGAGCUGUCCUGGGGGGUCUACACCAAGGAGUCCCUGUACUCGUUUGCACUGAAAUGCCUCAUCAGCCUCUCCACGGUCAUCCUGCUGGGCCUGGUGGUCCUCUACCACGCCAGGGAGAUCCAGCUGUUCAUGGUGGACAACGGGGCGGAUGACUGGCGCAUCGCCAUGACAUGCGAGCGCGUCUUCCUCAUCUCUCUGGAGCUGGCCGUGUGCGCCAUCCACCCGGUGCCGGGUCACUACCGCUUCACGUGGACGGCGCGGCUGGCCUUCACGUACGCGCCGUCGGCAGCCGAGGCUGACGUGGACGUGCUGCUGUCUGUCCCCAUGUUCCUGCGCCUCUAUCUGUUGGGCCGUGUCAUGCUGCUGCACAGCAAGAUAUUCACAGAUGCCUCCAGCCGCAGCAUCGGCGCCCUCAACAAGGUCACCUUCAACACACGCUUUGUCAUGAAGACACUCAUGACCAUCUGCCCGGGCACCGUGCUGCUCGUCUUCAGCAUCUCCUCCUGGAUCGUCGCCGCCUGGACGGUGCGGGUCUGUGAGAGGGCAGUGGAGGCAGCAGGAACAGGAUGCCCCCCGCCCCCCAUCUGCCUGUUUCCCCCACAAUUUAACCAGCUCUCCUUCUCCCCUCCGCCCGCCCCACCGGACUGUAGGGAAAACAUGUACCAUGACAAGCAGGAAGUGACCAGCAACUUUUUGGGGGCCAUGUGGCUCAUCUCCAUCACCUUCCUCUCCAUCGGCUAUGGCGACAUGGUGCCCCACACCUACUGCGGGAAGGGCGUGUGCCUGCUCACUGGCAUCAUGGGGGCCGGCUGCACAGCACUUGUGGUGGCCGUGGUGGCCCGGAAACUGGAGCUCACCAAGGCAGAGAAACACGUGCACAACUUCAUGAUGGACACUCAGCUCACCAAGCGGGUAAAAAAUGCCGCUGCUAACGUUCUCAGGGAGACGUGGCUCAUCUACAAACACACUAGGCUGGUGAAGAAGCCAGACCACGCCCGGGUUCGGAAACACCAGCGUAAGUUCCUCCAAGCCAUCCAUCAGCUCCGGAGUGUGAAGAUUGAGCAGGGGAAGCUGAAUGACCAGACCAACACUCUCGCCGACCUGGCCAAGGCAUAUCGACAUCCAAGCUCCAAAAUUCAAGAGAAAAUCAAAAUUCUUUUGCUACGGAUGGAAAUUCAAAUCCUAGCAGCAGCAGAGAGCUUCUUUGCACGGCAAUUAAACAUCUUUCAGGAAGUUAAAGCUGGUUGCAAGAGCUCUGUAAGAUCAGUUUAUGGCAUACACCAAUCUAUUUGUUGGUCUUAUUAGCAAGUCCUGCUCUUUGAAUAUUCAGCACACUGCUCUGAACCCCCUUCUGAGCAGUGGCAUGCCCUCCACGAUAGUUCAUGUGUGAACUCUGCUCAUUGGCUCCCUCCCCGAAUCAGUUUAAUUAGUCUGAGGUUAAUUUAAUAUUAUCUUCAGAAGAUGCUUAUAAGUCCCAUUCUGCUUCUUAUAAACCCAGAGCGUUUCGGACUCAUUCUCUUCAUCAUGGUCAAGAGAAUGCGAUAUAAUGUUAACCUACAUAAAUUUAAUUUGGAAAGAAACAUUAUGGAGGAAAAAACAUAUUCUAGAACCCUGAAGAAAUCAUUCCGUUGGUAGUAGAGAGAACAUAGUCCCAAAAGCAUAUGGAAAAUCCUUGCCAAACUAAUUUGAUGUCGGGUGAGAUAACGGCUAUAAAUACAUAUGAAAUGCCUUUGAGACACUAGAUAUUAUAAUUUGGAUUAUCUCUAUCACACUUCCUUCUGUUAGUACAGAUGACUGAAAUUUGAAUUUUUCAAAGUUAUUUAAACCUUGCAAUCACGGUAGUAUACUCUCCGAGUACAUUUAACAAAGCCUUCUUUGAAGGAAGGCUUUAAUUGGAUUGGAUCAUAUGGGUUCCUGAUUUUUUUUAAUUUAACAAGGUUAAGAUGUUUUCCAGUAUUAAACUUUAAUGCGCUCCUGCCCAA